AGCCCUGACUCAGUACAAGUCUGACUUCUGCCGGGAGCGCACAUCUCUCUCCGGAUCGCGCUCCUCCAUCACAGACGGACGGCACAUCUUUCCCCCUUCAGAGCAGCGUUCAGCCCCCACAGAGCAGAGCAGCAUGGGGAGCAGCAUUUCAUGCGUCCCCCAGCACAACUUCAGGUUCUCCAGCAAGAGUUUCAUUCGCAGAAACAGCAGCCGUCUGUUUCGCAAGAAGAAUCCCCAAGAGGGACAGGAGAAAUCCACCAGCAUCAUAAAUAUCCUGUGCACAGUCACCCCAAGGAAGGAAAUGUCUCCUAAGGACCUACAGGCGAUAGAGAACAUCAAGUGGGACCCUGCGUUUGCCUAUGACCCGGCCAGCGGGUGGAAGAAGAGCAGCAUCAAUGUGAAGAAUUUCGGACGGAUGAUUCACAGCUCCAAAGUCCGUUUCCGCUUCCUGCAAUGCCAGGAAAUACACGACUGCUACCUGGAUCUCUUCGAAAAGCAUCUUCAUUUCGUCUCCAACAACACGACCGGACUAACCUAUCAGGGAACUCUGCCAUUGAAGGAGCUUUCCAUCUGCAACCUGCAGCAGAACUGUAAUCACAGCCAACCCGAGGAAUAUGCCUUCCAAAUAAAUGGUGUCAGCCUGAACUCCAUCGUCGUCUACUGCUCCAACCAAAAAGAAUUGGACACUUGGUUUGGGUUUCUUAAAGAGAGCAUCGAGCAGAAUGGAGGCACUGCCAUCCACCCUGAAAAUUACACCAGAGUGAGAUCGAACCCCAACAAGUCGGAAGGAAGAGAGGAGCUGAGGAACUCCAUCAACAGAGAGCCCAUCUAUGAGUGGGAGGGCUCUCAGCGGGACAGCCUCGGGCCCAUCACCUACGUCACCAAAGUCCGACUGCAGCACCUGCCCUGCCAGGAACAGAGCGACAGAUUGCUGGUGAUGUACCCUGCGACCCUGAUCAUCUUAUCAGAGGAGAGCGACGGGCUCUUCUACAAGGGCAAACUUCCACUCAACAUGAUUACAGUCACCACUCCCUGUCAGGACGUCAAGCCCAACACCUUUAUGAUCGAAGGCAAGCUGAUCAACCCCAUAGUGGUGUCCUGUUUGGACAGGACAGAGUUCUGCGACUGGAUCCAGCAUUUCAAAGCUGCUGACGUCCCCGUCGUCAGCCCCCCGCCCCCCGUCUAUGACAUCAUAUACACGCCAACAAGCACAGAGCAGACAACAAAGUUUGACAGAUGGAGUGGAAACAGCCAGGGAAGAGCGGAGUCUCUGAAAUACAGCCAGCCGGCAAGCGGACGUGGGUCCCUAAACCUUCAAGUACCAGUUCAUGAGGAAAACCCGAUGUCCCCCGGAUACGCUGAACCUCUCUGCUACACCUCCAGCCGGCCGUCCUCCAACGAGACCGCCCGACUGGGCAGCAGGACCAACAGCGUGUCCUCCCAAACCAGGCCGGACUACGACCAUAGACCUUUGUCGCUGCGCUACUCCUCGCCGCAGCACGGCUCCUGCCAGCAGCCUGCCGACAGCGCCCCGUUGUCUCAGAUCUACAGCACCCCCUACUCCGCCCUGCACCACGCCAGCCCACGCCGGCUGGAGAAAGCGCCGCUCAUCAAGUCUAACAGCUGGAGCACGCCGCAGACAUCCCUGAACUACUCCUUGAGCUCCAGCCAACGUCACUCUGACCUGUGUGCCCCGCGUCAGCCCUUGUCUCCCCUGUACGACGAGCCUUGCUCCCCGGAGAUCUUCAGCCUGGAGGACAACGGCCCAGCGCAGCAGCGGUGGAAGGAACCGAUCCAGCACCACCAUCAGGAAACCCAUCUCCUGCCCUCCUCUUUCCAGCUACGCACUCCCCCCCUGGGCAGGCGCACCAGGAGGAGCCUGGUCCUGGCCAACACCCAGGCGCAGGCGCAGGCUCCGGGCCUCGACGUGGAAACGCCUCAAAGCCAAGCAGAGCAGAGAGCAGAGGCCGUGGCGAGGCUGAAGCUCCUGCCCAUGCCCAGCCAAGUUCAAGAGCAGAUGCCGCUCCCACCGUGCUCCCUGAGGAACACUUCUCACAUGCCAUAUGGUUACUCACCAGAUCGGCACUCGUACCUCGAACCCGCGGACCCAGAUGACCAGGAAGUGGACUAUGACAACAUUUGGGAGUACGACGGUGAGACUGGAAUGAUUCAGCCGGCGUGUGGAAUUUCAGAACAGUGGACGGGAUUAGACUUUGGGGCCCGGGGCCUCGGUCCCAUGGUAACUCAGCAGAGAUGGUCAUAAAAUCGAACAAAAGGCCCGGCACUCGUCUGGACGUGCGCAAACAUCAGAUCGCUAUCAGAGGGAUAAUAAAAGCCAACAGUCGCAGCCAGAGCUGCUGCCGGCGUGUAUAAAUGUGAAGAAGUGCUGGGUCAGAUGUUACAGAGUCAAGCAGAGGAGCGAAUGAAGAGUGGGAAAGAAUAUAAAGCAGUGCUGCACUUGUCCGGGUCUUAUGUAGCAUUUAAGGUUGGACCUCACGGUGCAUUGUAUGUAGCUUUAUUAAUAAUAUUACAUGU